UCUGUAUCGCGGUACGUUCAACGUUUGCGUUACAUUUUUACGUGAUUCGUUACAUAAAAUUUAUCUUGUUGUAGUACUUGCACAAGUACUAUACUACCUCCAUACUUGUAACCACUAACUUCCAUUUCUAAUAGUUAUGGUUAGUCAAAGUAAAAAGCAACGAACCCAUCCCCUGUAAAACUGGUGUCCAAUUUAACGUCCUUGAUUGCUACAUCAAGCAACACACCCCCUACAAACGGCUAUAAUGUGUCACAUAACUCACUUGUAUGCCGUAAGCGUCGAGCUGUAACUGAGGAUAAAACGGUACUGACAGCUAGUAUUAGCACUACUCCUAAAAAUUCAGUACCCUCUGCUCAUACAGAAACCCUCCCUUCACCUUAUGUGCUUAUCGAGAAACUCCAGCCAUCAAGCAAAUCUUCAGUACUAUCUUCAGAAAUAGAACUUCUAAAGUUGUCUAUAGGAGAACUUAAGGCUGAGUUAAGGGAAAUAAAAAACAGCAAGUCAGUAAAUGCUGGAAACAUCGAAACCGAUACCGAGAUAUCCAAAUUAUCAGAUCAGAUCAGCGAUAUCAGAUCGCAGGUCUGUGAAUUGACACCUCUAACUAUCCUCAUGAAAACUGUAAACCUUAACAAGCUUGACACAGAAUCGGUAACUAAGGUAGAUAACCUCAUUAAUUUUGUUACCACAGAAGUAACAAAACGACUCGACGCAAAACUGAGUGCUAUUGUCUACAACGUUCCGGACAAUGAGGCACUAAAAAAGGUACAGCGCAUCUUACUUAGUGAAGCGAAAAUGCCUAACUCCAAGACUAAGUGCUAUAGGCUGAAGAAGAGUCAACAUGAGAAGUGUUGUCCUAUUCGUUUUCAGUUCGAAACACCGGCAGAGACCAGAAAAUUCAUCCACUCCCAACACACCCUAUCGCAAGCCAGAAACUACAAACAUAUAAAGGUCGGGGUGGACAAAACAGUCAUAGAAAGGCGCGCAUACAACUAUCUUGCUAAGACUAAUUGUGAAAUAGGUAAUAGGACUUUGCAAGCAGCCAUUAUUCCCAACCCUGUGAAAGAUACAGUAGACCCCACCGCAUCACCCCUCUCAAAACACACAGAAUUAUCCCAUCAGAGUGCAACACCAGCCGAAAGGCCACUAGACUGUAACCAAAUAAAUAACAAAACCAUACCACCUAUCACCGCAGAAUCUAAAAUGCCAUUAAAUAACCCCAGAAAAAAAGCCAAAACCCCCCGAAAUUCCACUUUGUCUUCUCCUAGCCAUAACUUCAUUGCUAAAGGUAAGGAAAAUAUGCCCCUAAACCAUACAAACAAAAACAGUGGCAGCUUAAAUAAACCCACACUUCCCACGGUCAAUAGUACUAGCACCCACAACGUGCUAAAUCGCACCAUGGCACACACUGAUAUCCAAUGUCACAACAAUGUCACCCUCAAUAGUACAAGUGGUAAUAGUCAGAACUCGGCUAUCAACAACUUAGGGUCUUCAGAGUAUGGCACACAAACAAAUUUUGACCGGAUAUAUGGUACAAGUCUGCUGGGAACUAACCCACAAUGCAGUACACACGAAACCCACACAAGGACACAACUAGCAUCAAACAAUAGGUGGAAUAAUAAGCCAUGGUCAUCACAAGGAUCCAAUCAUUUUUUAUCCCCCGCGUCCCUGUCAGCGUUGAAAAAACAGCUGGUAGGGAUGUUAACACUCCUAAACCACUAGAGCUGGCUCCCUCCUUGCAUGAAAACAGGAACGGUCUAGUGCACCCGUAUCCAUUAGGCACACUUGACACCUGCACAAAUAUAGGUCAAAUAAAGAACCCUACCCACUUCUGUAACCUGACUAAAAAUAAAAAUUCCUCGGUCUAUAGCACAUCCAGUACUCCAAAUCUUAAUUCUUCACCGAAAACAGCACACACCAACUCGGUAGACAUAGGUGAGCAUGAUGCUGAAACUCCUCUUAACAUAGGAUCAUCAUGUCAAGCAGAACUACUGGGUGCUGAACCAUAUUCGGGGCUGACUAACGAACUUGAAUACUUCAAAUGCUACUUCAACUCUCAUCUUUACCUAAUCCUCAUAAAUGCUAGAUCUGUUCUAAAUAAAUUGCCGAUGCUCAGAGCACUCACAGUAAUAUACAAACCCCCUGUAAUUGUCAUCACUGAAUCUUGGUGUCAUUCGAACAUCUUGGAUGAAGAAAUAAGCUUAGAUAACUACACACACUUUCGGUGUGACAGGGAAGGUGGUAAGGGAGGGGGUUGUCUCAUG